AUGGUCGCCGCUUCAAUUAUUAGCCGGGGAUCGGAUACAUUAGAUGUCUUCACUCGGCGUUCGCAGCCAAACAUCGACAUUAACCUUGUUGGCCAGAAACCUGGGCUUGUCAGCUCAUAUACGACUGGGGACCAUAUCGAGGGGACCGUCACUGUCACAGUUGAGCAUGAAACACGCUUCAAUGAGGUUGAAAUUGUUCUACAAGGUACAUCACGAACCACCGUCGAACGGGCCGUCUGCCCUGGCCGGACUGGCUCCCAACACAUGUUUUUGGAACUUCGCCAGCCCAUCGAAUACGGCGACUAUUCAACUCCGCGCAUGUUCGAGCUUGGCCGCAAAUACUCAUUCCCCUUCCAAUUCGUCAUCCCCGAGCAACUGCUGCCGCAAGUGUGCACCCACAAGCGCAAGUACAAUGCCAUUCACCAAUCUCACACUAUGAUCCCGCCUACUUUGGGAGACCCAAUGCUGGCUGGUAACGGAAGGACGUUGCUGGACGAUAUGGCUCCUGAGAUGAGCCAAAUAUCGUAUAUAAUCCGCGUGGGAGUGCUCAAGAGAUCAUCGACAGACCAGCGCCAAGUCAAGGCAUUGGCCAACUUUGCCAAAAAGGUUCGAAUCAUCCCAACAGUCGAAGAAGAGCCGCCUAUCCAUGUUUUUGAUCACCCAUACUAUUGCACACGCAAGGAAAGAAGCGUAAAACGUGGUUUUUCAAGGGGCAAACUGGGCCGAAUGGUUGCUUCUUCUGCCCAGCCAAAACCGAUCCGUCUAUUGCCUCAUAGCUGCGACGCCCGCGACACCGUCAGCACUGUGGCCACCCUUCAAUUGCUAUUCAACCCUGUAGGAAAUGAGCUGCCACCAAAGCUGGGCUCGAUGACCAGCAAGCUCAAAGCCAGCACAUUCUAUAGCGCAACCCCUUGGGAAGAUUUCCCUUGCCAGUCUGGAGCCAUGCCGUUCUCGCAAGGCUUUUUCAACGAGUCAGUUCCUCUCUCUACCAUGUGUGUCGGAUCUGCAGAGUGGCAGAAACACUCGACAUCUGACUGCGAACGCCACGACUCAACAGAGUCUACUUGCUCCGAAAGCUCCACUGGACCGUCUUCCGAGUUCAAUAGCGACAUUUAUUAUACCGCAUCGGUGGUUAUUCCAGUCAGUCUUCCACAUUCGAAGACCUUUGUUCCGACCUUCCACUCGUGUCUUAUGUCUCGUAUUUACUCUCUGGAUCUUACCCUAUCUUACCACACGCCGGGCACAAAUUCUGAGUUGGAUGUGUUUGUGACACAAGCUGAAUUGGAUAAGUUCUUCUCGUUACGCUCUAUAACUCCACACGUGAGUGAUCCAGUCAUAGGCGUGAACUUGGCUCCUCCGGAGUAUUCGGAAACUAUCACCCAAAGAGGGAUUCGCGCAUGA